AUGAAGGGUUGGCGAAACAAUGGUCUCAAUGUAGACGACCUGUUCCGGUGCUCCCGACACGACGAGUCACAACCGAUUGUCCAGGAGCUGGAAAAGCACUGGAAUAAUGAACGUCAAAAAAAGUCAUCCAAAUUCUGGAGGGCAUUAGUUAUGGCAUUCGGGAAGUACUAUAUACCGCCACUCACUUUAUUAAUAUUGGGGGAAUGCGUUUGGGUUAUAUGUCAGCCCCUGCUACUUGGCAUAGUGAUAGACCAUUUUAACAAGGUAGAAAAUCGCACCUUCAAGCAAGCAUGCGUGGCCGCGGGGGGAGUAUGUUUUUGUACGGCCUUGUUCAAAUUGCUGUACCAAUCGGCCACCAUUAUAGUCAUGCGAAUGGGUAUGCGAUUACGCGCCGCUUCCUCUACUCUUAUUUAUAAGAAGUCGCUUAAACUGAGCCGGGCAUCUCUGGCCAAAACCACAGUGGGCCACAUUGUGAACCUAAUGUCCAAUGAUGUCAGUCGAUUUGAUGAGUUUUCAACAAAUGUCUGCUAUUUACUCGUAGCGCCCAUACAGACAGGGAUCGCCGUAUAUAUUAUAUAUACGGAGCUCAGUUACUAUUGCUUCGUAGGUUUGGCCCUUUUAUUGCUGUUUAUACUGUUUCAGGCAUUUAUGGGCAAACUUUUCUCGAAAGUCAGGAUAUUUACUAUAAAUAGUAAUGAGGUCCGUGGCAUACAAAAGGCCCAUUUUCUAAAUGCUAUCAAUUUGUCGGUAUACUUGGCGGCCCCCCGUAUAAUACUGUUCGCGUGUUUUAUGGCAUACGUGUUAACCGGGAACCUAUUGACCGCAAAAGCGGUGUUCAUUACAAUGGCUCUGUUCAACACUCUUANGGCGGCCCCCCGUAUAAUACUGUUCGCGUGUUUUAUGGCAUACGUGUUAACCGGGAACCUAUUGACCGCAAAAGCGGUGUUCAUUACAAUGGCUCUGUUCAACACUCUUAGGACUACUUUGAUGAUACUGUUUCCCUACGCCAUCGCCCAAUGGGCUGAACUGACGGUGUCGUGCUCUCGCAUCCAG